AUGGCCCAUCUUGUCAUAUAUGUAGGGGUAUUUAUUAGUUCUCUGAGCUAUUCCAGUGCGCUUAAUGGUGGCGAUUCGCUUCAACAGAGAGUUGGUGACUAUGAAGUAGUGCGCAUCCAUGAGGUGCCAGACACGAACGAGGAUGUAGUUCGUCGUAUUUCCUUUACAGCAUUUGGGCGUUUAUACGUUGCUGUAUUGAAUCCGGGUACUGAUAUUUUUGAUCCAUAUGCUCGAAUUAGGAUAAGCGAUGAUAUGCCAGUACCACUUGAUCCGACUGGUCACUAUUACGGAUACCUCGAAGGAAAUCCUUAUCAUACGGUUGUUUUGUCGCGAUUGAAGCCAGACGUCUACAUUGGUAUGAUCUCUGCUGGAAACGAUUCCAUUUACAUUGAACCGGCCUUGUUUCAUCACGAAUCAGCCAAAGAGCAGGACGUGCUCGUGUUCCGCUCGAGCAGCUUGGACGGGACCAGUAUUUUUCGUAGUUUGAAUGAACGAGGUUCAUUAGCUCCAGUGCAGGUGAGACUCUUUGUUCUAUUUUUAUUGUUGUUUUUUAUUCUUUAUUCGUCAGCA